AUGUCCGUCCCCAUCACCUGCUCCCCUCCUCCCCCCCUCACCCCUGCUCCCUCGCUCACCACCUCUGCCCACGUCAUCAAAUCGGCCACGCCCGCCUCGCCGCACCUGCUGGUCCCUGCUCCGCCCAAACUCACCGCCACAGCCGCACCUGCCCUGCGCACCUACGCCCGCCCCAUCUUGCCAUCUCCGGCCAAAACACAACCACCAAACUCCACAACUAAUACAAGUACUACUACAGCUGCUGUGGCCGUUACCAUCACGUCUGCUUCUGCUCCUACUACUACUUCUUUACUGGCAAAAACAUCCUGCGCUUUGACCAAUGGCAGCACAAAGACAGUUGCCACGACAACCUCCACGCCAAUCACGCCUUUCCACACUCCAGCGAGCCCCCCGGGACGACAGGUGUCUCAGUCUGUUCCUGUGGGCUCUCCUCCGCUGGCUCGGACCAAUCAGAACCCAGCUCCAGUCCGACAGAGAGUCUCCCAACAGACACUGCUGCUGGGGAAGAGCCUCCGAGGAGCGGGCCAGGACCAAGUGCUGCUGCGCGCCCAGAUGCUGAUCCUCACGUCUGCCAUGAGACCCUCCUCUUCCUCCUCUGCCCCCUCCACUCCAGCCUCUGCCCAGAUCCAGAGCCUGACGCUUCGGCCUCCUCCCCCCGGGACACUCACUAUCCCGCCUUCACUGCGUCUUAAACCCCCCAUGUCCACUUCCUGCUCUGUGGCUACGCCCCCUCCUUUGUCCCGCCCACAGGCUGCUUUGUUCCCGCCCCUAAGGCCCCGCCCAGUCACCACGACAACCACAGACAACAUCAACACCACGACAACGGCCAGUCGACACCUCUCCGUCCCGCCCCCAACCCUGUACUCUCCUGUCCGGGCCGUCCCACUGAGACCUCGGCUGCUGUCUCCAAACGGUCACCGAUCUCCAGCUCCAAAAACCUUCCACCCCAUCGCUGCGGCCGCUCCGCCCACAACCACAGGCCACACCCCCAUAAACCGGUCCAUACCGGGCCUCAAAACACAGUCUCUCCUCUCCCCAGGACCGUCCCCUGCGCCCUGCUUUGAGCGCUCGCCGUCCGCCGCUCGGCAACUGCAGAUUAUUGCUCUUUCCUCGGGCCGGCAGCUCCAAAAUACUAAUACGGCUCCUCAGAAGCUCGCAGUGCAUUCUGAAAGCAAAACUGUGCUUCCGCUCAGCCCCUCGUCAGGCAAAAGGAGCUCGCCGCUACCUUCCACAACUGCUCAGAAAGAGAGACUAAAACCAGACAAAAGCGAGGAAGCAGAUAAAGUACCUAAAGACUUCAAAAUAGGAAAUGUUGACCAAAGAGAGAAGGACAAAUCAAAAGUCACUGGUGACAAAGAGGAUGCUAUUCCAGCUAAAAAACCUAGACUGGAUGAAAGCGCCAAUGCGAAAGACAGCACGGAUUCGCAAACUGUAAAAAAGCAAGAAGAGGAGAAGAAAAAGGCUGAUGCUGCAGCGGAGCAAGCUAAAAAAGUACAAGAAGCUAAAGACUCGAAAAACGAGACAAAACCCAGGAUUUCUGAAGCCAUUGCGCCAACGUCACAGACAAAAGCUUCUCCAAGUCCGACACAGAAGUCGAGCCCAGGUGCUAUAGCGUCGCCGGUAAGGACUCAGCUCAGUGUGGCGACUGCGGCGGUUUCCGGGCAGCCAAACCAGAGCCCCGUCUCCUUAGCUGUUCCUGUGUCUCCCGUGCAAGAGGUUACGACCAAUCAGAGCAGGUUAAACGGGCUGCAUUCAACCAAUCAGGAUGACAACCUCUCCAUACAGUCCGACAACCAAUCAGCUCUUUCCAGUCUAUCGUCCCAGUCUCCCCCAUGCUCCCCCUUCGUCUCCCCCACUGUGGAGCCCUCCCUCCCCCCUCCCCAACCUCCGGAACGCCCCACGGACCUCAGCCUUAACCACAAACCGGACCAAACUAACCAUGUCCAGAACCACACAACAGAACCCCUAACCGCACCAGAGGCCCUCAACCCAUCCGAGGAAGAGGAGGAGGAAGAGGAAGAGGUCUGUCCGUGGGAGCCCAAAGCGUGGCCGGACGGACAGCAAGUGCUCACUCAUCUGGUGGAGGGCUUUGUGAUCCAAGAGGGUCUGACGCCAUUCCCAGUGAACAGGUCGUCUUUACUGGUGGCAGAUCAGGAACCCAAACCACAGGAAGUGAACGGGACCAACGGCAAUGCCACUUCUCCGAUCGCCACGGAAACUAGGAAACAAUCAGAGCAUUCCACCGACUCUGAGGAGGAGGAGGAGGAGGUAGGAGGAGGAAGAGGAGGAGGAGAGCCCGACGAGCACAACUCCACCACAACAAAGCCGCCGCACAGGGACCGCGCCGUGCUGCACUGUCAGUUCUGUGGAAAACGAGGCCACGCCCACAACUUCAUGAGGUCCAAACGCUUCUGCUCCACUUCCUGUGCGCGCGGGUUUAACGUGCGGCUGACCAAGAGGCUGCGGGCGCUGAGUGCAGGCAGCAGGAGCGACCGGCCGCGACCGGUUCUGAACCGAGCCGAGUCUGUGCCGGGGAAACCACUGCUGCUGCGACUGCCUAAAGAUCUGUGGAGCGCGGGUCGCAGAGAGAAAGAGGUGAAAGAGAAGCCUCCUCCAGCAGCAGCAGCAGAGGACGAGGACGACGACAUGGAGGUGGAGGCCGGAGCCGAGGACGACGACGAUGCACAGGAGGAGGAGGAAGAAGAGGAAGAAGAGGAGGAAGAGGAGGAGGUGGAAGAGGAGGAGCCUGCUGCCAUGACGACCUCCCCUCACAGUAACAACAGCAUCCCUCAUAACAACAGCAGCAGCAACAACCACAUCUCUCACAGCAUCAGCCACAACAGCAGCCACGGUCAGACGGAGGCCGCAGUACCACAGCGCGUCCAGAGGAGGGCGUCGGCUCCGGCUGUGACCUCCACCUUCAGGCCGUCGCCGUCGCAGUGGAGCGUGGAGGAAGUGACCGCCUUCAUCAACUCGCUGCCAGGCUGUGGAGAUGUGGCAGAGGCGUUCCGUGUGCAGGAGAUCGACGGCCAGGCGCUGCUGCUGCUCACAGAGGACCACCUCAUGACCAGUAUGAACAUCAAACUGGGACCAGCCCUGAAAAUCUGUGCCCACAUCAACUCCCUCAAGAACCAGUGA